AUGCUUGCAAAGGACGCACAGGCGAUGGCAGAAGAGCCGGUGAUGAGCAAGGCGCUGGCCAAGUGUUGCGUGCUGCUGGCGGUAGAGGCUGCGACCCAGUCGGGUGCCAUUCCGCCGCACACCGCGAGUCCAGAUGAGAUCCAGGAGGUGGCCGAGGCGCUGGCAGCCCAUGCCGAGGCCGCAACGGCACCGGCGGCUCGCACGGAGGGCAAGCACACGCCGCUGCAUCUGGCGGCCGUGGGGCAGGCAUCACAACUGGUGCAGAUGCUGAUGGAUGCCGGUGCGACGAUGGAAGGCGGGUUGAUGGGGGAACCCGGCGGGACGCCGUUGACGUUCGCGCUGUUCUACGCUGCGACCGAGACGGCAGAGCUCCUGGCUGCCAGUAUGAGCGACGACGAGCUUUCGCUGCGCGAGGCUGCUGGACUCGGCCGUGACGUGGAAAGCUACGAUGUGGGGCGUGCGGUGGCGCGGGCGCGGUGCGGGUUUUACCGGCCGAUCGAGGCGUUCCCAGAGUGGGCGCGAACGUACGAGGCUGCGGAGCUCGUGGGUGAGGCCUUGGCAUGGGCGGCGCGGAACGGGCAGGUGAAGGCGAUGGCGGAGUUGGUGAAGGUGCAUGACGCGGAUGUUGAUGCUACCGUGUAUCGCGGCACGCCGCUACUGUGGGCAGUAUACGCCGACAACGCGGCUGCGGCCGAGUGGCUCAUCGCUGCCGGGGCAGACGUGGAUCGUGUGCACGACUUUGGUGGGCGUGAGCAUGGCCAGCAGGCGACGGCACUCCAUCUUGCAGGGCAGUUUGGCGCUGUCAAGUGCCUGCAAGUGCUGCUGGCAGCCGGGGCGGACGCGACGAUCAAGGACGGCGGGUUUGGGGCGACUGCGCUUGGAUGGGCGGAGCACUGCGGGAAUGAGGAGGGGAUGGCUGCGCUGCGGGGGCGAGAGUAAGCAAGCUUUACAAUUACUCGGAGUCGAUGUUGCUGGCGACAGCCAUGGGCUGGACCGAAAGGCCAUCGCCCAGGACCACGCGGCUGACCGUGCAGUCGGCCGAGCCUGUGAGGAUGACAGUCUCGGAGAGCCAGGCGAGUGAAAAGACCUUGUCCGAGUGGACGGCGACCGAGUAGAGCGGGAUGGAAGGCGAGCGGAUGUCCCAGACGCGGACCUUUCCAUCGUGGGCGGCAGUGGCAAAGUGGACGGCGGAGCCGGGCAUCCACGCCACGGCCGGAACAAAGCCGCCGUGGCCCUUGAACUUGGCGGACGCCGGGUCCUGGGUGCGGAAGUCCCAGAGCCGAACAACGGGCCCGGCGUGGGCGGUGAGGGUGGCCGACGACGACGGCGCUGAGCAAAGGCCGAUGUCGAGGACGGCGGUCUCUGUGGCGAUGAUGGUUGCGUUGGCGCCCGACGGCACGUCCCACACGCGCAGCGAGUGGUCCCACGACGCCGACAGCGCGUUGGUUCCGUCGCCAAAGUUCUCGAACAGAGCAGUGGUCACCGCGCCGGUGUGGCCCUCGAGAGUGAUGAGCGGCGAGAGUGGAGCAGGGUCUGCGAGGCUGGCGGCGGCCUUGCCGGACUUUGCGCGCUUGGCGGGGCGGCCGUCGUCGUCGUCGCCGCCUGCGGUGGCGGACGAGGCGGCGGCCUCGACGGCGGCGGCGAUAGACGCGUUGUAGACCUGGACCUUGCCGUCCCAGGCGCCGGUGAUAAAGGUCAUGCCCAGCGG